ACACAGGCUUACCAGGGAGGAACUUCAAGCUCCGUGGGUUUGGAGUGUCCUGUGUCUGAAUGGACAAGUGUCGCACUGAAACAUAAUGACAGGAAUGUUGCCUGGGUGGUGGAAUAAUACACAGCCGAACUGCUGCAACUGAAGACUGCUGGAUAAACUUGAGAUUCCACAGUGAAGAUGAGGAGCCAGGUGUGUGGAUGACUGACUCUGCUGUGGAAGAAUCUAGAGGCAGAGAUCUUCACAGUGCCAGACUGAGACCGACAGUGUCUGGGCCCGGAGCGUCCCCACUGUACUUCUACUGCUGCUGGUCUCUCUCACCGAACUACCAAGACAUGGUCCUCUGGAGUCUACUCCCCAUCUCCCUCUCCUUGGUGUCUCUCAUUGGAACCUGGGUGACGUAUGGCCUGGCAUACAGCUAUGACCAUGUGUGUUCCCUCAACAACUGGGCCCCUGGGAACCACUGCAGAGACAAUACAUCAAUAGCAUGUUGUCAAGUUCCAACCAUAAGCUCGAGUGGAACAAGCUUACCAGAAAGCUCAUUGUUCACAGCCACCUUUAAUGCUGGUUCAUUUCUGUUUAUGGUGUUCUGUAUCUUCCACCAUGCUCACAUCAUGGAGAGGAACAGUGUCCACUCCAUGCUCAGUAGAAUCGCCCUGGUGUUUGGUGGAGUGGCAGCCGUCGGGGCCUUUGUGGCUGGGAACUGCAACCCCGAGUACCUGAAGCUGGCCCAUUACCUGGGGGCUGCGGUGAGCUUCCUGUGUAUCUGUUUCUACAGUCUGCUCCUCACGGUGCUCACAAGGAAGUGUGUUCUGACCCGGAUGGAGUGGUUCCUCUACCCAGCACGGGUCAUCUCUACUGGGGUCCAGAUCAUCGUCACCAUUGGCUACACCAUCUUGUUUGUACAGGAGGAAUACAUGUACAAGCACUCAGCGGCCGUGUUUGAGUGGAUAAUGAGUGUUAACCUGGAGCUGUUUGAGCUCAGCUUCGCUGUGGAGUUCUGUUUUUUCUCCUCCUCCAUGUUGUCCACGCUGCUGGGGAAGAGAGAUGAGGAGAAGCCUAUCCUUCUGGCCUGAGGAGAGAAGAUGCUGCUGGGCUGGCUACUGUAAGAGACACUGGGGUCUAGUUCAUUAGGCAUGAAAUUGAAAAAAAAACAGUCCGAAACAGAGAGAGACUAGCUGGACUUCAUUGUCAUUUUAAAACAUUUUGUUAUGGUGUGCCCUAAUGACACGACCCAGUAGUUUGCAAACUUUUCUGUGUUGUGACAGAUCUAAAGCUUGUGGAAUUGGACCAACCAAGUAAAGGGAACAAUUGUUUGUAACCAGGACCCAGUCUGACUGCGAUCAAAAACAAAUCAGCUGAAUAGGCCACGACCCACCGUUUGGAAAACACUGACGUAGGGGCAUCAUGAGGAUCAUAUAUUUGAUCUUUGACUUUGCUCCUGGACCAACUCACAUUUUUUAGGAUUAUUUAUUUAUCAAAACAUUUUUUAUCAGGGCUGACAUUGUUCUUAUGCAGCCCCUAAAGACAAACAGAAAAAGGAGUUCUUCCUGUCACACCAAAUCAAUGUACUUCGUCUUGGGGAGUAUAUCUGGAUGCUUUCAAAAGGGAAAACUGUUGAUCCUACAAUCUUCUUAGCCACUGAUGAACCAAUACCAGAAUACCUCAGCAUUUGAGUAGUAGUCACUGUAAGCACUAAAGUCAUUAUUUCUGUUCCCAUGUCCUGAAUUGAUCAAAGUGAAAUGUCCCAUUUGAUGGGCCAUGGAGAAUGUUCAAUGACGUUGUUAGCUCUUUUUUCAAUAUGUUGCUAUAUGUUUAAACAUGAUAUCUUGGUGGCAUUACUGUGCUAUUGAAGUAUACCAGGUAACAACAACAUAAUUACUUGUUGUAUAAAAAUGUAAUUGUCUGCAUAGUAAAGUACUGAAGUGUAAUGUUGCGAUGGAAUCUGAGCCCAGUGAUCUCUUCUGACAGCCUUAACAUUAAAAAGAUGAUCAAAUAGCUGAUUUGUUUCUGAGUGGCAAGAUGAGAAGCCAGUGAUGAUUCUAAACCUGCCAUGGAACAGGGGGUGUAGUGGGAAGGAUGCAGGCCUUUAGGUGUGGCCGUUGAUUAAUGAAAAGCUGUCUUUGUAUUUGUGAUAGAUCAUUCUGAAAAUAACAUAUGUCUUAGCAAGGCGUCAUACUUUGUUCCUUUGUUCUUCCUCUUUCUUACUGAUGUAUCGGUGUCCUUUUCUACAGUGGUCCUAUUCAGGGCUUUUGUGCAACAACAUAUCAUGGGACUACAUGAUUACAUCUUCGCAUUUCCCACUGGGCAUUUUAGUAAACUUAAAUAAAAUAAUGAACAAACCUGUUUGAAAAGCUAAAACUAAAAUGAUACUAUUAUCUUUGACUCCAAAACGAACAAAAAAUGAACAAAUAAACAAUAUGAAUUAUG